AUGGCCGCUGAGGAAGGAAGCGCCUCACCAUCCUUGAGCCUGCAGUUCCGGGUUGCACUCGGACAACAUGGCGGGAUAAAAACAGAGGCCCAGGACCUGGCUGACGCCGACGCUCAUGAUAUCCAGAUGGUGUGCAUCGGGGAGCCUCAUGCGUGGACUGCCUCAACCCAUGUCAAGCCGGAACUGGAGGAGGUGCAUUGGGAAACCCGAGAAAACGAGGUGUUCUUGAAGGCGAGGCCGUCCCCUCGCUCAGGGUGGGGAAGCCUGCCGCCGUGUCAGGAGGCCCUGCCUUGGGACGGGGUCAAAGUGUUCCCCGCCUCCUUCGAGGGAGCGCUCACGACGUGCAAAUGGCUGGCCAGAGAGUGGGGGUCUCGACAGAGGGCACCCGCCUCCGAAAUGGAAGGGCAGCAAGCGACUGGCACGCCAAACGGUGCCAGAGCAAGGAGGGGCAGCAGAAAAGGGAAGGCCGCUGUUCUUCUGAGCGGUGCGGUCGAGGCAGAGGCCCAGCGCCAGCAGUUCAGGCGCUUCUGCUACCAAGAGGCCGAGGGUCUGCACUACGCCUACGGCCAACUCCGGAGCCUGUGCCAUCGGUGGCUGAAGCCGGAGAGGCACACCAAGGAGCAGAUCCUGGAGCUGGUGAUCUUGGAGCAGUUCCUGGCUGUCCUGCCCCCGGAGAUGCAGAGCUGGGUCAAGGAACGGGAGCCUGAGACCUGCGCCCACGUGAUCGCCCUGGCUGAGGAUUUCCUGCUAAGGCAACAAGAGGCAGAACAAUUGGGGCAGGAGGUGACUGGGGCGGUGGCCGGCCUGAAGUUUGGGAGGUUCACGUGGGAAUUUGCUAGGUUAGGUGGGGGCCGAGUGCCUGGAUCUGUUGAUAAACCAGAGUUUAACCUGAGUGGGUGGGGCAAAGGGAGGGGAGUGAACUGGAAGUGUGGUAUAGUGUGUAGAGCAGUGUGGUGUAGUGGUUGGACUCUGGCCACAGUAGAAUCCUAGAAUGGUAGAGUUGGAAGGACCCCGAGGGUCAUCUGUUUCCACCCUCUGCAAUGCAGGAAUCUUUUGCCCAACCUGGGGCUCGAACCCAGGACCCGGAGGUUAAAAGUCUCAUGCUGUACAUUCAAAGCAUAUUCAUCACACUUUUCACAGUCAUGGCUUCCCCCCAAAGAUUCCUGGGAGCUGUAGUUUUGCCCUUCACAGAGGUAUAAUGCCAUCCAAGCUCUGCUUAAAAACCUCCAAUGAAAGUCCUUCCUAAUGUUUAGUGGGAACCUCCUUUCUUUUAACUUGAAUUGAUUGGUUCAUUGUGGUGCCCAGAACUGGACACAGUGUUCCAGGUGUGCUCUGACAAAGGCAGAAUGUUGUUGUUUAGUCGUGUCCGACUCUUCAUGACCCCCUGGACCAGAGCACGCCAGGCACUCCUGUCUUCCACUGCCUCCCGCAGUUUGGUCAAACUCAUGCUGGUAGCUUCGAGAACACUGUCCAACCUUCUCGUCCUCUGUCGUCCCCUUCUCCUUGUGCCCUCCAUCUUUCCCAACAUCAGGGUCUUUUCCAGGGAGUCUUCUCUUCUCAUGAGGUGGCCAAAAUAUUGGAGCCUCGGCUUCAGGAUCUGUCCUUCCAGUGAGCACUCAGGGCUGAUUUUCUUCAGAAAGGAGAGGUUAUCUUCUUGCAGUCCAUGGGACUCUCAAGAGUCUCCUCCAGCACCAUAAUUCAAAAGCAUCAAUUCUUCGGUGAUCAGCCUUCUUUAUGGUCCAGCUCUCACUUCCAUACAUCACUACUGGGAAAACCAUAGCUUUGACUAUAUGGGCCUUUGUUGGCAAGGUGAUGUCUCUACUUUUUAAGAUGCUGUCUAGGUUUGUCAUUGAAAGGCAGAAUAGAGCCAUCCUAUUACUUCCCUUGAUCUGGACACUAGACUUCUGUUGGUGCAGCCUAGAAUAGCAUUAGCUUUUUUUGCUGCUCCAUCACAAUCAUUCCAUUGCAAUUUACCUUUAUGAAAUGACACAUUUCUUAACAAAAAUCAGGUGAAAUUUCUCCCACCACCUCUAUUGGAUCCUUUCCCUGUCCCAGCUCUGACAGAAACCUUUCCGUUCUUCUUACAGGAGCUGGGACCCUUUGUGGAGGUGAUGGUGAAUUCUCCCGAGGGAGAGCAAGUUCCAUCGGAUGCUUGGCAGAGACCACUCUUCAAGGAGAUCAAGCAGAAGGGCGACAGAGAUGCAGAAACAAUCGGUAUGGAGUCACUUAGCUAGCAGGAGUGGGAGGAGGGAGGGGGAGGAGCUAAUAAUAUACCUGAAGGAGCGUCUCCACCCCCAUCGUUCAGCCCAGACACUGAGGUCCAGCUAGGAGGUCCUUCGGGCGGUUCCCUCACCGUGAGAAGUGAGGUUACAAGGAACCAGGCAGAGGCCUUCUCGAUAGUGGCUCCUGCCCUGUGGAACACCCUCCCACCAGAUGUCAAGGAAAUAAACAACUACCAGACUUUUAGAAGACAUCUGAAGGCAGCCCUGUUUAGGGAAAUUUUUAAUGUUUGAUGUUUUAUCGUGUUUUUUAUAUUCUGUUGGGAGCUGGGGGAAACCCAACCAGAUGGGAAGGGUAUAAAUUAUUAUUAUUAUUAUUAUUAUUAUUAUUAUUAUUAUUAUUAUUAAACUUGUAAGUGAAAGGAAGGCCACACCACUCAUUCAAAGCACUUGUCAUGGCUUCCCCCAAGGAAUCCUGGGAACUGUAGUUUGUUAAAGGUGCCAAAAGUUGUUAAGCGACACACACACACACACACGCGGCUUUAUUCCCCUCACAGAGCUACAGUUUAACAAUGGUUUAACAGUCAAUCAAUCCCUUUUCCACGGGAACUCUGGGAACUGUAGCUCUGAGAGGGGAAUAGGACGCCUCCUAACAGCUCUCAGCGCCCUUAACCACCUACAUUUCCCAGGAUUCUUUGGGGGAGGCCAUUCAGUUGUACCUUGGUUCUCGAACGGAAUCUGUUCCAGAAGUCUGUUCAACUUCCGAAAACGUUCGAAAACCAAGGCACAACUUCCGAUUGGCUGCAGGAGCUUCCUGCACUCAGUUGGAAGCAGUGUUGGAUGUUUGGCUUCCAAAAAACAUUCGCAAACUGGAACACUCACUUCCGGGUUUGUGGUGUUCGGGAGCCAAAAUGUUUGAGUCACAAGGCGUUCCAGAACCAAGGUACAACUGUACUAUUUAAUGUGGUAUCAUACUACUUUGAAUGUACAGUGGUACGUCGGGUUACAGACGCUUCAGGUUACAGACGCUUCAGGUUACAGAUUCCGCUAACCCAGAAAUAGUACCUCAGGUUCAGAACUUUGCGGGAAGAAGUGACAUUAGAUGGGAAACUGCUUCAGUUUUUGAACUAUUCUUAAGUGGCAUCUAAAUCUUAUUAAAUAAAACUAAAAAUGAUUUGGCCGGGGGUGGGUGUCGAUGACUCAACCGUGUCUUUUACUUCAGACAGCCGUACGACGUCCCAGGAAGAGGAAGAGGUCAGGCAGCAAAGAGGUUCGGGGUUAGCGGAAGCAAGCAGGAUGUUCCUGGGCAAAUCCGCCGGCCGCCUCACGCUGAGGUGCGAGAGCUUUGAGGAAGCUUGCGGAUCGAAGCGGCAGCAGGAGUGGCUUCCCGCGGUGACAUGGGAGGAGCCGUCGCACCGGUCGGAAGCCGACGGGCCUGUUCCUGAGGCGGGGCUCCACGGCGUGGCGGUCAAGUACCUUUGCCCCGAGUGCGGCCGGAACUUCCAGCACAAAUCGACCUUAAUCCGCCACCAGAAGAUGCACACGGGCGAGAAGCCCCACGUCUGCCUGGAGUGCGGGAAGAGCUUCCGUCGCAGGGACAAGCUGAUCCGCCACCAGAGGAUCCACACGGGGCAGAAGCCCCACGAGUGCGCCGAGUGCGGGAAGAGCUUCCGCGAGAGAGGGAAGCUCACCAACCACCAGAGGAUCCAUACCGGCGAGAAGCCCUACGCCUGCCCGGCCUGCAAGAAGACCUACCGCUGGAAGGAGGAAUUUGUGAAGCACCUGAGGAUCCACACGGGCGAGAGGCCCUACGGGUGCGUUCUCUGCGGCAAGUCCUUCAUCAGCAAGGCCCACCUGGUCUCCCACCACCGCAGCCACACCGGAGAGAAGCCGUACGAGUGCGCCGAGUGCCGCCGGCGGUUCUGCAGCAAGCAAAGCCUCGCCAAGCACCAACGGGUCCACGCGGAAGAGAACGCCUACGAGUGCCAGGACUGCGGGAAGGUCUUCCGCUAUGUGUCGAACUUCGCCAAACACCAGAGACUCCACACGAGCGACAGGAUCCUCUAG